AUGAGGUGUAUCCUCGAUUCCGGCAGCCAAGCAGAAACAAUUACAGAAGAAGCCGCGCAACAGUUGCAGGUACCUACACGGAAAAGCAAAAUGCGCCUCCUAGGCAUUGGCGGUUCAUUAAUCGUCGACAGGAAGAUAGCAGCCAGAAUCUGCUCACAACAUAGAGAAGUAUUUAUGGACAUUGAGCUAGCAGUCGUCCGAAAAAUAGUUGAUCACCAGCCGAUUUACACAAUACCGCUCAGUGAAUUAGAUAUUCCAGAAAACAUUCCCCUAGCAGAUCCAGACUUUAAUCUUUGCAGUCAGAUAGACAUACUACUCGGAGCGAGGGUUUUCUACCAAAUACUAGGAACCAAUCUACUACGCGUGGGAAGAGGCCCCACAUUCCAAGAAUCCUCAUUCGGAUGGUUGGCAGUGGGAGUCCUCACAGAAUCCUGUAGAACCACGGCGCUGACAUGCGCAAAAGUCGAGGAAGAGCCCAGGGAAGGAGAAACUAACAACGAACUCCACGAACUCUUUAAGCAGUUCUGGAAAAUCGAAGAACUAGGGAGAGAGACGGAAGCACCGAAAAACCUCGAUGAAGAAGCCGAAGAACACUUUAUCAAUAAUACAAUCGUAGACUCAGAAGGCAGAUACGUAGUCAGGAUGCCGUUUAGAAGCGAUCACCAACAACUGGGACAUUCCUUUGAACAAGCAAGAAGAAGAUAUCUGGCCCUUGAAACCAGACUAUCCAUUGAUAAAAAGAAAUACACGGAAUAUCGCAAAUUCAUGGAAGAAUACAUUGAAAUGGGCCAUAUGGAGCCCAUCGCAGCGGAAGAACUCCACAACGUAAGAUACUUUAUCCCUCACAGUUGCGUAGAGAAGCCUGACUCAACGUCAACCAAACUAAGAGUGGUAUUUGACGCCAGUGCAAAAACCACCAGUGGAGUAUCACUUAACGACGUACAAAUCGUUGGACCUAACGUUCAGCGAGACCUAAAUGAUGUGCUAAUCGACUUUCGCGGGCACAACAUAGUAUUAAUGGCAGACGUAGAAAAAAUGUACCGCCAAGUGAAGGUAGCGGAACCAGAUACUUGGUUCCAAUGCAUCCUAUACAGGAAGGAUCAAAGUCUGCCAAUACGUGCAUAUCGUCUAACCACAGUUACAUAUGGAGAAGCAUCCUCAUCCUUCCUAGCAUGCCGAGCACUGAAGCAAGUAGCAGUAGAAGAACGAGAAACAAGCCCUCAAGUGGCCGACGCCAUCGAGAACUGUUUCUACGUAGACAACCUGAUGCUCGGAGCGCCAAAUGUUUCAGAGCUGAAGAAAUUAAAAACAAGCGUUGCGGUAGCAUUGAAAAAGAGGUGUUUUCCCCUAAGGAAGUGGGCGUCAAACACCCCAACCAUAAUUGAAGACAUCAAGGAGGAAGACCUGGAGACAACCGUGACUAUUGGAGACCAGGAUAUCAUAAAAAGGAUAUCAUAA